UAAGUAUUAUAUAUUUUUAAAGUAAAUAUUUUAAAAGUUCACUUAAUAAAUAAAUUUAGUUACCUACUAGCUGACCCAGCAAACGUUGUAUUGCCUAUAUUAAAAUCGCGAUACAAAAGUAACUGUUGAUCGUAGAUGGGUGAAAAUUUGAAGUUGCAAAGUCAAAUAAACGUCAGAAAUGCUUCGGAAUCCCAAUUAUAUUUGCGAGAGCAGCAGUAUCGACGUACCCUCACAUCUGAACUUUGGAAAAUUUAUUAUCGACUGCAUGAAAGAACAUGGAAAUAAAUUGGCGAUUAUAAACGGUGUAACACAUAAAGCUACUCACUUCAACGAGAUAACCCAUGCUUCGAUGAAUAUUGCCGUCUCGCUCGUGCAACAUGGUGUGCGAAAGGGAGACGUUAUCGCUGUAUGCAUGGAGAACAGGGAUGAGUUUUGGGAAAUAGUCAUCGGGUCUUCGUGUACGGGGUCUGUUGUAACACCGGUUAAUAUGGGGUAUACAUUCGAUGAAAUGAAACAUGUUCUGGACAUAUCGAAACCAAAGUAUAUGUUCUGUUCACCUCUGGCAUACAAAUCACACGAGAAAACAUUUCACGCGUUGCCAUACAUAAAGGAUAUCAUCACGAUUAGUGAGAGAUUUCCGAAUAGCGUCUACUUUGACGAUCUCGUAAAGGACUGCUCAGUAAAUUACGAAUUGUUUGAACCUAUUGGGGUUGAUGGGCAGACUGAUACUGCUUUUGUGCUGUACUCUUCAGGCACCACGGGUAUGCCGAAAGGAGUAAUGCUGACACAUCUAAAUAUUAUAGCCACUUGCAAUUUAAAACAGAGCACGGAUUCGAAUGAACUAACCAUGUUUAUCACGCCCUGGUACCACACCAUGGGUUUGUUGGGAGUGAUGAGGUGUUUAAGGAAUGCAGGGCCAGUUGUUUAUAUACCGAAGUUUGAAACGAACCUGUACCUUCGAACUGUUGAAAGAUAUAAGAUACCUCAACUGGUUGUGGCACCGCCAGUUCUUAUAGCGAUAACAAAGUGCAAGGCGGAAUAUGAUGUGAGCUCUGUCAAUAUUAUAUACUCUGGAGCUGCUCCGUUGAGGGUUGCCACUAUUAAGGAAGCCAGACAGAGGUUUAAAAAUAUUAAAGCAAUCCUUCAAGGGUACGGAAUGACAGAAGCAACUCUCGCUUUCAUUAGGGACACAGUGGACAUGGCUCAUCUUUCCAAAGCCGGAGGAGUUGGAUUUGUUGUAAAGGGAUGUGUUGUCAAGGUUGUAGAUGUAGAUACGGGCACACCUCUGGGCCCAAAUAAACCUGGAGAAAUCAGGAUGAAAGGUUCGAUGGCAAUGAAGGGGUAUAUAGGAAAGGAGUUGAAGGAAGACUUUGAUGAGGAAGGAUUCUACAAAACUGGUGAUAUCGGCUACUAUGAUGAUGAUAAAUGUUUCUUUAUUGUGGAUCGCUUGAAAGAGCUGAUUAAAUAUAAAGGAUAUCAGGUGCCCCCGGCUGAAAUAGAGGCAGUCCUUCUGCAACAUCCUGGUGUACUGGACUCUGGUGUUAUCGGAGUGCCUCAUGAAGCAGGUGGGGAGGUUCCUCGGGCAUUCGUUGUAAGGCAACCUGGAGCUACAGUCUCUGAAGAGGAAAUAUGCAGUUUUGUGGCUAGCAAGUUGUCAAAUCCAAAACACCUGAGAGGCGGAGUCAAGUUUGUGAAUGAAAUACCAAAGAAUCCAAGUGGCAAAAUAUUGAGGAAGCGACUUCGUGAAAUGACCCAAUUAAAGAGCAAAAUUUAGUAAAUAUUUUAAAUCCAA